UUAACAAUCAACUUGUCAGGCUAUUCUGGUCAUGAAACUAUUAUACCACUCAAAUCUGGCAUUUGUACCUGUUUAAUGAAACCGCAUCCAGUUGGGCCAUUUUUUACGUGCUCAGGUUGGUUAUUAGCAACCGAGUAUCAUUGGGCCGGUCCAGUUCUGUUCGCCAUGAUGCUCGGGAGAAUUUUGAGAAUUGAAAAUUCGAUGGAAUAGCGAGUGGUAGGUAGGCCCCGGCACACGAAUUAUUUGCAAGAAUUCAAUUUGGUCCCAUUUCGCCAAGACGCCACGGUUAGUCACCGAAAUUUCGAAGAGGCCCUUCACGCACCGGCUCCAUUUCUGAACCGAGACCAAACCAAUCCAAACCAAACCAAAUAAAGAAAGAGAAGAAGGAGAACGAGAGAGAGGGGGAGAAAGGGACCAGAUGGUGGUGGGGGAGGGAGCCGGAACCAAAACCUAGACGAACCACACAGGCAGGGAGAUAGAUAGGCAGGGCAGGCAAGGGGGGGCGACGGCACGGGGCGGGGGGGCUAGCCCAACCAGCCAGACCAACCAAACCCUAGCUCACCUUUCGUUCCCAUUCCAUUCCGUUCCAAUCCAUGGAGGCGGCGCUAUGAGCCGCCACCGCCGUAGCCGCCGCCGCCGCCGUCGCCGGGACGUGGAGCUGGUACGGCUGGGGAAGAAUAGGAGGCGAGGAUGACGGCCAGAUCGGACGAUCCCGGCGUGUCUCCGGGGACCUCGGCGGCGGCCGGCGGCGAGAUCUGGGGCACGUGGGAGGAGCUCCUCCUGGCUUGCGCCGUGCGGAAGCACGGCACGGCCAGCUGGGACUCCGUGGCCAUGGAGAUGCUGUCCCGCUGCCCUCCCGCCGCGGCCGACAGCCUCACGCCCGCCGGGUGCCGCCUCCGUUAUCGCCUCCUUCACCGCCGGUUCGCCGCCGGCGCCGGCUCCGAAAACGACGACGGCGACGAGGAGCCCGAUGCCGCCUCCGCCGACGGGUGCGUCGAGGAGCUCCGCAAGCUGCGCGUCGCCGAGCUCCGCCGCGAGGUCGAGCGAUACGAUCUCUCGAUCGGGUCGUUGCAAUCCAAAGUGGAACGGCUCAAGGAGGAGAGGGAGAGGAGCAUCUCCGUCGAGGCCAAUCCACCGGCGGUGAAGGAGGAGGACGACGAGGAGGAGGAGCCGGCGACAGGGAAAGGAUCGCUGGAGGAGGACGAUGCCGGCGUCGGCGAGGAUCGUGUCUCCGGCGGCGAGUCCGGGCGGUCGUGCAAGGAGUCCAACUCGUCAGAUCUGAAGCGGCCGCGGACGGCGCAGGACGCCGGCGGCACCGCCGACGCCGGGGACGGCGACGCGGCGGAGGCGAGAGGGGAGGACGAGGGGGCAGGAGACGCCGCUGCAGCCCGCGAGUCGUCGGCCGUGAAGCGCGAGCAGGCCUCCGGCGAGUCGGUGGCCGGGUCAAAGGACACGCCGGCGGAGGACGCGGAGAAGGAGAGCAGCGACGUGCAGAGCUCGGCCAGCCCGUCCCGCCGGCGCGAGCCGGAGAUCGCUGCCGGUGAGGACGCGGAGGCGGAGGAGGCCUCAGCGCCGCCGCCGCCGGCGCCUCCGCCCGCCCCGGUCCUCCCCGCGUCGGAGGCCGAGGCGCUGCGCGCGUUCCUCGAGUCGGUGCGGACCAGCAAGCCGGGCUCCGUGUUCGAGCGCCGGCUCGAGAGCCAGGACGACGCGAAAUACAGGAGCACCAUCAGGCGCCACGUGGACCUGCAGACGGUGAGGUCGAGGCUGGACGGUGGGGCCGGGAGCUACGCCUCGGCGACCGAGUUCUACCGCGAUCUGCUCCUGCUGUGCGCCAACGCGCUGGUCUUCUACCCGCGCGGCUCGCCCGAGCACUCGGCCGCGGCGCGGACGCGCGCGCUCGUCGCCAAGCACAUGUCCAAGGACCAGCCGGCGGGGACCUCGGGCAAGGCGGCCGCGGGGCCGGGGGCGUCGAAGAAGGCCAAGGCGGAGGCCGACGUCGGGUCGCUGCUGGAGAAGACGGCGCCCAUCAUCGUGUGCCGGAAGCGGAGCUCCAUCGCCAAGGCCGCGGCGAAGGUGGAGACGGACGACAAGGAGGAGCAGCAGGAGGCGGCGGUGGGCAAGAGGAAGGCGGCGGCGGCCGCCAAUGCCAAGGACCGGGCGGCGCGGGGCCCGAGGACGACCAAGACCCGCGGCGGGCCUGCUGUCCGGAAGGCUGCGAAGGCGGCUGCGGCGGACAACGGCUCGGACAGCGACGCGCCGCCAGAGGAGGCCAAGAAGCAGCCUGCUGCUGACAAGAAAGGCGGCGGCAGCGGCGGUGCCGGCGUCGCUAAGAAGCGCAACGCCGUCAACUUCCUCAACCGGAUGAAGCAAGGCGGGUCGGCGCCGUCCACGGAGCGCGUGUCGCUGCUGGAGACGCUGAAGCUGUCGGCCCAGGCGGAGCAGAAGAAGGCCGGGAAGGGGGAGGGCAAGAAGGAGCCCGCGGGCGGGUCCGGGUCUGGGUCCAAGAAGACCCCGCCGGGGAGGAGGAACGUGGGCAGGCCACCGAAACGCGCGGCCGCGCCGCCGUCCCCUCCACCGUCCAAGAGGGCGAAGGGCGGCGGCGGCGGGAAGCGCGGGGGCAGGAAGUGAAGGGGAUGCAUGGGAUGGAAUGGGAGGCAGUAGGAAGCGGUAGGGCCCAGUCUCAGAGACUCUCUCUCUCUCAGCUGUGUGUACAUGACGUAGGGUUGUAGGAGCGUCCCGUCCGAGCUUUUGUACUGUAUGCCAGUGUUGUAGCCUUGUAGGGGUGGUACUGUUUUUUUUUUCUUUCGGGGGAAAACUGGAUGAACUGACCUGCGCUGGGCCUCUCAUGGGAUUGUGGAAGACGAUUUGUUUAGAAACUGUCGUCGAGUAGUAUGUUCUUUUUAGACUGAAAUUUGAAACUUUUAUAGUGAUCAGUAGGUACUGUCCAAGGAACACUAGUCACUCAAAUCUCAUCUGUGACUUCAUUACAGCAAUGCUCACAUUUUUAUUACA